CUGCUAGAAGAAAGCAGCCUGAACAAAAAGAAGCAAAAGAAGAGCCAGUUCAUUUGUAAACAAACCAUUUGGUGGAGGUUCCUUUCGUACGAGAAAACCAUUUUCACGGCACCAUAAUGGGUAAAAAACAGCAUCAGAAGGAUAAAAUGUACCUCACGUACACCGAGUGGUCGGAGUUUUACGGAGGUCACAAACGAGACUCGGUGGAAAAUGAGCAGAUUAAGUUUAAGCGACUUCCGUUCGAUCACUGCUGCCUUUCGAUGGUACCGUUUGAACAUCCCUACAGCGAUAAAGAUGGGAACGUGUUUGAGCUAUCAGCGAUCGUUGAGUUUUUGAAGAAAUUCAAGGUUAACCCUGUCACGGGCACUCCGUUGGACGGCAAAUCAUUGAUCAAGCUGAACUUUACAAAGAACCACGAAGGACAGUACCAUUGCCCGACGCUAUUCAAACCCUUCACCAAGAACUCACACAUCGUGGCCAACGGCAAGACGGGCAAUGUGUUCUCGUGGGAAGCGAUUGAACAGCUGAACCUAAAGGCCAAGAACUGGAAAGAUCUGCUGGACGAUACACCGUUCAUGCGGAAGGAUCUAAUUACCAUCCAAGAUCCGGGCAACUUGGACAAGUUCAACAUAACCGGCUUUCAUCACAUCAAAAAGAAUUUACGCGUUCCGACGGAGGAAGAACUAGCGGAAAGGAAAGACCCACAAGGACGCCUGAAAACGAUCAACGCCGAAACGAAAGACAUCCUAACGCAGCUGGAAAAGGAUUAUAAAGCUCCGGAAGAGCAGCAAGAGGAACGCCAGGUGGCGGACAAGUUUAAUGCGGCCCAUUACUCUACAGGGGCCGUGGCAGCUUCGUUCACGUCCACAGCUAUGGUGCCCGUAUCGAACCACGAAGCGGCCAUAAUUGACGAUGAUAUUGUGCGGUACGAACGGGUCAAGAAGAAGGGUUAUGUGCGGUUGCUUACGAACUUUGGUGCACUGAACCUGGAACUGUACUGCGAGCAGGUGCCGAAGACGUGCGAAAACUUUCUCAAACACUGUCAAAGCGGAUACUACAAUGGGUGUUUGUUCCAUCGGUCCAUUCGCAACUUUAUGCUGCAGGGCGGUGAUCCAACGGGUGUUGGAAACGGGGGCACGUCGGCAUGGGGCAAAAAGUUUGCGGAUGAAAUUAGACCGAACCUGUCACAUGCCGGACGGGGGAUACUUUCCAUGGCAAACUCGGGACCAAACACGAACGGAUCUCAGUUCUUCAUUACGUACCGCUCCUGCAAGCAUCUGGACGGCAAGCACACCAUCUUCGGCAAGCUGGUCGGUGGGCUGGAAGUGCUCACCGAGAUGGAACGUGUCGAGGUGGACAACCGGGAUCGGCCGAUUGAAAACAUAUUCAUCCAGCGGGCACAAGUGUUUGUCGACCCGUUCCAGGAAGUGGACGAGCAACUGGCCAAGGAAAGGGCCGAUGAGCUGGAACGCAUUCAAAAGGAAGCGGAAGCAAAACGUGACAAAACGGCUGGUAAGAAGGGCUCCCAACCGCUCAAGGUGUUCCGGUCCGGCGUGGGAAAGUAUCUGGAUACGAGCGUUACAAAGGUUCUACCCGCCGUAGCCUCUGGCGAAACACCCGGAACGAGUGGUGGAACCGAUGCUUCCAAAGCGAAAAAACGAAAAGUUGCUACAGGAAAUGACGGAUUCGGUAAUUUCAGUUCAUGGUAACAAUCCAGUGACGGAGCGCAAAGAAUCACUUUAUAAAUCCUAUGUCCUGUUUUAUUACUAUAA